CCCCCCCCCCAGCGCGCUGGGCGCAGGCGCGGCUCCCAGGCCAUGGCGGAGAAGCGGAAGCGGGACCGGGACCGAGACCGGGACCGGGACCCGGUUACCAACCCGUCAGUGCUGUUCCUGCACCCGGACCUGGGCGUGGGCGGCGCCGAGCGGCUGGUGCUGGACGCGGCACUGGCGCUGCAGGCGCGCGGAUGUAGCGUGACGAUCUGGACAGCGCACUAUGACCCGAGCCACUGCUUCGCCGAGAGCCGCGAGCUGCCAGUGCGCUGCGCCGGGGACUGGCUCCCGCGCGGCCUGGGCUGGGGCGGCCGCGGCGCCGCGGUCUGCGCCUAUGUGCGCAUGGUCUUCCUGGCGCUUUACGUGCUGUUCCUCGCGGACGAGGAGUUCGACGUGGUCGUGUGCGACCAGGUGUCUGCCUGUAUCCCCGUGUUCAGGCUGGCCAGACGGCGUAAGAAGAUCCUGUUUUACUGUCACUUCCCAGAUCUGCUUCUCACUAAGAGAGAUUCUUUUCUUAAACGGCUAUAUAGGACCCCUAUUGACUGGAUAGAGGAAUACACCACAGGCAUGGCAGACUGCAUCUUGGUCAACAGCCAUUUCACAGCUGCUGUUUUUAAGGAAACAUUCAAGUCCCUGUCUCACAUAGACCCUGACGUCCUCUACCCAUCUCUGAAUGUCACCAGCUUUGAUUCAGCUGUUCCUGAAAAGCUUGAUGACCUAGUCCCCAAGGGGAAAAAAUUUCUGUUCCUCUCCAUCAACAGAUAUGAAAGGAAGAAAAAUCUGACUUUGGCACUGGAAGCCCUAGUGCAACUGCGUGGAAGACUGACAUCCCAAGAUUGGGAGAGGGUUCAUCUGAUCAUGGCAGGUGGUUAUGAUGAGAGAGUCCUAGAGAAUGUGGAACACUAUCAGGAGUUGAAGAAAAUGGUCCAACAGUCUGACCUUGACCAGUAUGUGACCUUCUUGAGGUCUUUCUCAGACAAACAGAAAAUCUCACUCCUCCAUGGCUGCACAUGUGUGCUUUACACACCGAGCAAUGAGCACUUUGGCAUCGUCCCUCUGGAGGCCAUGUACAUGCAGUGCCCAGUCAUUGCUGUUAAUUCAGGUGGGCCCUUAGAGUCCAUCGUCCACAGCGUCACAGGGUUUCUGUGUGAUCCUGACCCAUUGCACUUCUCAGAAGCAAUAGAAAAGUUCAUUCGUGAACCUUCCUUAAAAGCCACAAUGGGCCUGGCUGGAAGAGCCAGGGUGAAGGAAAAGUUUUCCCCUGAAGCAUUUACAGAACAGCUCUACCAUUAUGUCACCAAACUGCUAGUAUAAUCAGAUUCCUUUUAAGGUGUUUAUACUACAUUCAUUAAUGUCAUUUUUAUAGAUUGUAAACCCUGUUUUGAAACCAAAAAACCUAGAAUCUAGUGCAGAAGAGAUUUUUUUAAAAAAAAUAAACUUAAGUCUUGAAUCUGAGCCAACUUCCUAUAUACCAUACCUCCCUGUCUGCUUUUUCAGGAAAACAGUAUCUUUUAUGCUGUAAUCAGUCCAAGUCUUACCAGUGUUAAGUUAUAAAUACGGUACAAUUCUAUGUCCAGCAGAGUAUUUUAAUUAUAUUUUCUCUCCAUUGUUAUUCCUCUGCCUGUAAAUUUUGAAUGAUCUUGUGCCUUAAUUGGUUUUGAGAGUUUAAAUGUGUCGUUAUGAAAGUUGAUUAAUGUGGCUUCAUAGCGUAACAAGAACAGGGUUACUGUAGUUCCCAGAAUCAACCCACUGAAGUGUUCACUGUCAUCUGUUAGGAAAUUUUUGUUAGUCAUAUCUUUGCCUGGAUCCAUAGCAAGAGAGCUGUAUUUUCUUUUUCAAAGAAUGAUUUAUUGUAUUUUUGUACGCUGGCAUAUAACAAUAAAACAUGUUUAUCAUAGAAAGAGACAAAAAAAAUAUUA